AUGCCCACCUCGCAACCCAAUGGGGGACCAGGUUCCGAAAUCUCUAUACCCGUCCCCAUCUCCUUCACCAGUACGACCAACUCGCUUCCUCCGUCCUCCUCACAAGCCCUGAUCGCCCAUCUGCGCGCCACAGGAAACAUUCCCGAACUUAGUACCCUGCUCGCCGACUCCUUGGCACGCACAGGCUGGACAGACCGCGUUCGCGCACUGUCUCUCGAACUCCUCCGGAAUGGCACCUGCGAUACAUUCCCUGAGCUGAUGUCCGAGGUGCUGAGGAGGGCAAAGAUUCCCAAGUCGCAACAAACGAACGCCAAAAGCGGGGCGACUGGUUUGUCGGCAUCUAAGACGACCGCAGCGAAUGGUACGAGCAUGCCCGCUGCGAACGGAAUUAACGGCAACGGGGCAAUUGCAUUGAGUAAAGAAUGGUCGGGUGGGCCAGAUGGGCUGCCGGACGUGAGGAUACCGGAAGUGACCGUGGAAGCUGCUGUGGAAUUUUUGAAGGAGAAGAUUAAAGAUGUCGUUGAGCCCGUGGACGAUGAGAGUGACUGA